AUGGUUGUGGAUGGGAACAUCUGUGACAACGUAGCUUAUACUUCGCUGAUUCAGGGUUGUCUAAAGGAAGGGAAUGUUGAGAAAGCUAUGGGGUUUUGGAAACAGGUGCUCCAAUCAGGGCUAACUCCAGAUUCAUUCAUGUAUAGUGUUAUGAUAAAUGGAUUCUGUAAAUUGCAUAUGGCUAAUAUAGCAAUAGGGAUUCUUAUAAAAAUGAGAGCUUGUGGGCUUUACCCUACCAUGUUUAGCUACAAUCAACUGAUAGCAACUCUGUGCAAAGAAGGCAACUUGGUGCAGGCAAGAGGACUGUUUGAUGAGAUGAGGAGUUUGGGCUGCGAACCUGAUGUUGUGUCAUUUAAUAUAAUAAUUGACGCAACUCUGAAAGCAGAGGAUAUUCAAUCUGCCAAAGAAGUACUUGAAGACAUGCUUCAAAGGGGUUUGGCCCCUGAUGCUGUGACCUUUUCCAUAUUAAUAAAUAGGUUUUGCAGGGCUGGCCAGUUGGAUGAUGCUAAGAGUGUUCUGGAGAAAAUGAUUGCACAUGGCUUUAAACCAGAUGCCUACGUAUUUGAUUCUCUUCUUAAGGGUUUUUAUUCAUGGGGUGAAAAGGAAGAAAUCAUCCGCCUGCUUCAUAAAAUGCCUGCUCUGGGUGCUUUUCUCGACCCAAUAAUAACUUCAACCAUCUUGACGUGUCUUACCUCUGAAGAUCUCAAAGAUCCCGAUGUUGUAGAGCUUUUGUCAAGUUUUCCUCAGCAAACUUCACGGAAGGAUAAAGUAUCACACGAAACUCCAAAAAUUCAUCCUAGCCAAAAGCUAAGCCCUGCCUGA